AUGAAGGCCACGCCGCUCAUCAUCAAUUGGCACGACCAAAACGCCCCAGUCUACUCUGCCCAUUUCGAGCCAAACGGAAAGGGCCGUCUUGCUACUGCGGGUGGUGAUAAUCACGUCCGAAUCUGGCAAGUCGACUGUUCUGGACCAGAAAGAAAAGUCGUCUACCUCUCAACCUUGACCAAGCACAACCAAGCCGUCAAUGUCGUCCGCUGGGCACCCAAAGGCGAAAUAAUCGCGUCGGCCGGUGAUGACGGCAACGUGAUUCUCUGGGUUCCCAGUGACCUCCCUCCCCUUAGUUUUGGGGCUGAUGCCCAUGAUGACAAGGAAUCGUGGAGAGCAAAGCACAUGUGCCGUUCUAGUGGAGCGGAAAUAUAUGACCUGGCAUGGUCUCCCGAUGCCAUGCAUUUCAUCAUCGGAAGUAUGGAUAAUGUUGCAAGGAUAUAUAAUGCCAAUUCAGGUGCGCUUGUCAGACAGGUUGCUGAGCACAGUCACUAUGUCCAAGGGGUGACCUGGGAUCCCCUGAAUGAAUACAUUGCUACGCAAUCCUCCGAUCGAUCUGUCCACAUAUACUCCCUCAAGACAAAGGACGGGCAGUAUACCCUCAGUCAUGAUGACAAACCCCCUCGCCUCGCCAGUCACAUAAAAGCAGAUCUGCCUCCUCGAAGGAUAUCCUCAAACAGUCCUGCCCCUCCGGACUUUGGCCACCGAGCACAGCUAUCCGUGAUUGACUCCAACACUUCUGCCUCUGUGGGAUCACCGGUUCCCUCAGCACCUGGCACCCCAACAUCGAUUCCCCUCCCAAUGAAUCCACCAAGCGUUGUCAGCCAUAGCAGGAGAUCGUCGUUUUCCUCGCGACGGUCUGCUUCACCCGCUCCCACGUUACCUCUACCUGCAGUCAUGCCCAUGGAGGUGUCGCCUAAGACGCAAAUGGGCGCCAAGAAUGCCAGUCUCUACGCUAAUGAGACUUUGACCUCAUUCUUUCGCCGACUUACCUUUACACCGGACGGCAGCCUUUUACUCACACCGUCGGGACAAUAUCAGACCCAACACCAAGCUGACAAAGACAUGAGGCCCAUGUAUGAAGUAAUAAACACCGUGUAUAUUUACACUCGUGGCGGCAUCAACAAGCCUCCCAUUGCCCAUUUACCGGGGCACAAGAAACCGUCCGUGGUCGUCAAGUGUUCUCCGGUGUACUACACGUUGCGCCAAACCCCUCCAUCUACGAAGCACAUAACCAUUGACACAUCGGGCGAAGAACCUUUACCGCCCUUGCCCGAGCCUGUUUCGAAAUCAGCAUCUGCUCCUGCAGUCAUGGAGCCGCCGCCGCCGCCGUCAAGCACCACGUCCGAUGCUGGCGUAGCGGCUCCGUCCAAGAGUAUUAGUGUUGAGACGGACGCCUCAACACCGGGGCCCAAGCCCGCCUUUGCCCUGCCUUAUCGCAUGGUAUAUGCUGUCGCGACUCAAGACUCAGUUCUACUGUAUGAUACACAACAAAAGACGCCCAUCUGCGUUGUGAGUAAUUUGCACUGCGCUACGUUUACUGAUCUAGCUUGGUCGAGUGAUGGUCUCACGUUGAUAAUUUCAUCAUCCGACGGCUUCUGCUCCAGUCUCUCCUUCGCUGCUGGAGAGUUGGGUGACAUAUACAAAGGCGAAAUCGGACCCCCCAAAACCAUGGCCGGAGGUGCGAGCAUGAACAAUGUCAGUUCUACGCAGAAUACGCCGACGCCAACACCAACGACCAGUUUUGCUCCGCCGUCGCCAUUCCCCAAUGGCUCGCACCCCCAGCAUCGCAACUCAGCUAGUUCAUUCGCCGCACCGUCCCCACCUGCUUCGUUGCUUCCUGCCUCCCAACGCCCACCAUCUCCAACUAGGUCAAAUUCAACAUCAUCAAUCGCCACGCAACCGUCGUCGGUUCCCACUGGGGUUGUGAGCAACCCGACGCUCAUUGCAGGUAGCGUCCCUGCUUUGACUGCUUCUAGUUCUACAAAGGUGACCGGGAUGCCCGUCGCAACGCCACCAGAGACGCCACGGACCAUGAUGGUUAAUGCUGCCGGCACCAAGCGGGAUGCAAGUGAAAACGAGAAAGAUGAGGUCAAGGAACCCAAGAAACGACGAAUUGCGCCAACUCCUGUGGAGAAACCGUCAUAA